AAAAGCUUGGACUUUACUUAGAAUGACCAUCCAUUCGCCACUCCAUAUUUUCAUACUGAAAAGCGUCCACGUAUCAAACUCUGAGCGUCUCCUUAUAAAAAGGUGCCUCUCCUGAUAAGAAUCGUGUCACUACAACCUGUCACCACUUUCCAGUUCCACAAAAGCUGUGGCAAAGGGUUUCCAAUAUGACACAGUGGGCCACCAAGACCAAUGUAGAAGGAGGGGCUCGACGAGAGACUUUGGCAGUCUCAAGUGUUAGUGGCCGCCUCCAGGAGAACCAAGAAGAUUAUGAAACCACGCGCUUGGGCACAACCACCACCGCCACCACCACCACCACAACAGCAACUGCAACACCAAUCAUAACAACAAUCACAACUUCCAAAACCGUCCCAGGCCAACGGCACGUCAAGAAAUCAUUCUCAGUCUCGUUCUCAACUUCGGGCUUAGAGUUUGGCAAGGAAUCAGGUUCCAAUUCUGAAGCGCAGAGUGAUUCUACCAAGAAGAGAUCCAAGUCCAAAGAGCACCGAAGAAUGUUGGACGAGGAAAUUGAGCGCUAUCCAACUUAUGAAGACUAUCUGGAUUCCCUAGUUAGCGAGGAGGAUCACUUUUAUUUGGAGGACGAGGCUAUGGCCAGAACUAUUGCUGAAUUGGGCUAUCGCUCUUCGGGAGAUACUCUCUCCAGGGAGAACUUCUAUAAAAUGAAAGCUCGUCUGGCAGAGAAGAAGAUGCUAACUUCUAGGAGUCCAACUGACCAGAAAACGCGGAUUGUCGCGGAUGAGAGCCCUUUGAGCAAGAAGUCGCCUCUCAUUCAAGCCAUUCAGAACCGGAUUAGUGAAAUCAUCUCCGGGCAUCUUUGCACCUUGCUCUUCAUGCAGAUUCGAAUCCCGCGGAAAACUAAUCCUGAUACAUGGGUAGAGAUUUCGGGUUUCAUUGACCUCUCCAGUCGAUUCCAAAAAGAGGAUUUUGUGCCUUAUCUCGUGGGAAAAAAGGAUCUCGUGCCAAGAAAAGGGGACCUGAUCUUUUACAAUUGGUCGCAGGGAAAACCUAUUCUUAAAUCCUCGGAAAACAUUGACGUCCUCGUGACUAAGUCCAAAUUGAAGUUACGUCAUCGUGACAGCGACAUUCUCAUAGAUGUGAGCCGGAACUCGCUCGCGGAGGAGCCGGUUUUACAACGCAACGGGUUUCAAUUUGGAGGCUGGACCCGGAUCGAACAAGGCGAUCUAUCCUCCACCAUGAUUUUCAUUUGUGAUUUUCAGAACUUGGCGACAUCCUUGGCUCCAAGAUAGAGGGCGACAAGUCGGAUUUUUGCUGUCCACGGCAUGACAAGUUCCAAAGCACUUGUAACAUGUUGUAAACAUUGAUGAAUGACUCCCAGAGCAAGAUGAAGACGUUGAGAGAACUCCUUUCACUUCUGGCGUUUUUCCUUGGCUCCUCUCAAGCGCAAGGGAUAAAUCUAUUUGAUUCGCACUUUGGGCUGAACCGCUUGGGGCCAGGAUUUGUCACCAAGAGAAAGACCACAAUGUUGACAUCCAC